UUAUAUUUAUAUAAUUUCAAUAUGGCCGCGUUGUGCACGUUUUGAGAAAACGUUAUUGCAUUUUACACUUACCUUCACCAAUUUAACAUUAUUUAUAUGCGAAAAAAUCUUUUUGAGCAUGGCGAAGGUAAUCAGAUAUGUUGGGCGUGAAAGUCACUUCAAAGGAAAGACUCUUUUUGAGAUUGCAGCCAAUCUGAAGUCGUGUAAAGGUCGUGUUGUGUACAGAACUGGAUUUUUGAAGUAUGCUAAUCCGGAUAAAUCGUAUGUCAUCUUGGAAGACGUGAAGUCGAAUCUAUCAACACAGAAUUUUAAGUCUGGUACUGUCACAGGAUACCGUGUGCACAGAGGACAUACAUUUGAUAAACUUUUCCAGAUAAACAGUGGCAUGAAACAGGACUGGCAUCUUGUACCAAAGGGAGACGAGUCAGAGUUCUGUAAAAUUGAUAGAGUACAUCAGGUGAUAGAUAAACGGAUGAAAACAAUGACAGUUCCACCUGUGAUGGCAGCCAAAUUAAAAACCUUGGGAACUGAAAGAUCUCAACUAACGGAAAUUCCCCUCAAGUACUCCAAAAAGAAAGGAAAGAAAUUACUUUAAAGAUUAUAAUAAUGUUUUCUUUGUGAAUGAAAUGCUUUGAACAGAUAGAAUAUGUGAAUUCUGGUCAAAACUUAAAAUUUUGAUGGUGUGUAAGGGAAAAUGUGACUAUUAAAGUAAUAACAAAUUGUG